GUCUUUACGACACGGUCGUGCUUUACGGCGCUGCUGUGAACGCACGCUGUCCGCCUGAGAAGCUAUGUCGAAAGCGAAGCAAAAAAGAGCAAAACGCCUCGGAUUUCGCGGAAAAAAGGCUCAAGAUGGUCAACAUACAAAUAGCCAGGGCAGAAGGAAAGACGCAGGGAUGCCCAGUGUACGACACAUCAAAGCGUAUGCGCAAAGAGAGGCCGAACUCAGGAAAAAGAGGCUGGAGGAACUGCAGGAAAAGCAGAAGGCAUCGAGAGAGAGAGAGCUGAUGAAAAGGCGAAGUCUGGAGACUUUCCAGAGAGAUGUGCAGAAACGACAGAGAGAAUUUGAGCAAAAGGAAACAGAGCUCCAGAAUUUAGAAAAACAUGUCAACUUUGAAAAUGAAAACUCAAGAAAGGCCUACUACCGAGAAUUUAAAAAGGUGAUUGAUGCGGCUGAUGUAAUUCUGGAGGUCUUGGACGCCCGUGACCCUCUGGGCUGUCGAUGUCCACAGGUGGAGCAGGCUGUGGUUCAGAGUGGAACCAAUAAGAAGAUUGUUCUGGUGCUUAACAAAAUAGACUUGGUCUCCAAAGACAUUGUAGAGAAGUGGAUCAGGUACCUUCGUAAUGAGUUCCCCACUGUGGCCUUUAAAGCAUCUACUCAACAGCAGAACAAGAACCUGAAGCGCAGUCAUGUGCCUGUCACCCAGGCCACCCCGGAGCUCCUCAGCAGCAGCGUGUGUGUGGGGGCGGAGUGCCUUAUGAAGCUUCUGGGGAACUACUGUCGCAACCAGGACAUCCAGACAUCCAUAACAGUGGGGGUGGUUGGUUUUCCCAACGUUGGAAAAAGCAGUUUAAUCAACAGCCUAAAGCGAUCUCGUGCUUGCAGUGUAGGAGCCACCCCUGGAGUUACCAAGUGCCUUCAGGAGGUACACUUGGACAAGCACAUUAAGCUGCUUGAUUGUCCUGGGAUUGUCAUGGCAACCUCAUCAAGUGAUGCUGCCGUGAUUCUGCGAAACUGUGUGAAAAUUGAGCAGCUGGUAGACCCCUUAGCACCAGUGGAGGCCAUCCUGAAACGCUGCAAUAAAGCCCAGAUUAUGCAGCACUACGGUGUCUCCGACUUCCGCACGGCACUGGAGUUCCUGGCCCUGUUGGCACGAAGACAAGGCAAGCUGAAAAAAGGAGGGCUUCCUGACUAUGACAAAGCUGCCAAGAGCAUCCUGCUGGACUGGACAGGGGGGAGGAUCAGCUACUUCACACAUCCACCAGAGACACACACACUGCCCACACAUGUCAGCGCAGAGAUUGUGGCAGAAAUGGGAAAGGCUUUCGACUGGGAGGAGCUGGAAAAGGGCAAUUUGGAGGCACUAGCUGAGGUGAGCUGUCCAGAUGUCCAGAUGGGGUUCUGCAUCAGUACCUCUGGGAUGACACAUGCAGUCGAGGGAGAAUGCCCCCCUGACCAGCAGAUGGAAGCUGGAGCCCAGGACAUGUUUGAGUCUGAUGAGGAGGUGGAGGACAUGGAGGAUGGUCAGGAUCCUGAAUUUGGGCCCAUGACGGUUGAAAUAAAAGCAUCAAGGGUAAAGAGUGGGACGGCGGAGACGGUGAUCCCACGUGCUCCAGACCUCAGGGACAUCGUGAAUGUUGACCCCCUGCAACAGGGCCAGGCCCUUCAGGCUGCCAGGAAGAAGAGGAAGAAGCAGCAGAAAAGAGCUGACAAAAUUGCAGUGAAGCUCUCGGACACACUGACCUCUGCGAUGAAUUUAGCCUUUGCCGACAGUUGAAAGAUUCAGAUGCACAUUUGAAAGGGUGAAAUGUAUUUAAUAAAAAUCCUUUACUUAUAUGCAUCCUAUAAUUCUUAUAUGUAUUAACCUGUGUACGUAAAUUUUUGAAUGUUAAAUUGAGUACUUUUUAAAGUGUUUUAUACUCCGCCAUAUUUAAACAUGAAUACUGUAUAGGUCAGGUCAUUUCCCCAUUUACUGUUGUAAAACAAAUGUCAACAAAUCCAUUCCUAAACUGUAUUUCACUGUGGGAAAGUAUCCUUUUACAAAAAUUGUUUUUGACUAAGUUCACCACUGUUUUCACAUUUUUUAACCUUAACGCAUACUAUAUACAUAUCACUCAUAAAUUAGUUCUUUUAUGAAUAGUCAAAUUUUCAAAGGUACAUUUUCCAUUUUAUUUCUUAUUGCGUUUUCUUUUCUAUUUUCAAAAAUUAGUUGUGAAUGCUAGUUAGUAGGCAACACUAAAAUGCAGGCAAGUGUCAACUCCCUUCCACAUUGUUUACAGGUUUUGUUUGACAUUUCUAGAGGUUUCUGAUCAAUGGCAAUACUGUAUAAGGAACACUGCACAUGUUUGGGAUAAAUCAGUCAACAGUUGACACCAAGUUGGGUAUUUUAAUUUUCAGUCAUGUUCAGAAGAGUUCUAAUUUUAAUAUAGCUCAAAUUUAAAAUGAUUUUAAAAGGUAUUACUGCCUUAC